AGCUCUAUAAAUUGCAACUGUGUAAAAGGCAGUCUCUUACCUCAGCAGACAGCCUAGGUUUUUGCUGGGGGAAACAGUCAGAAUGAAGUACCUUGUUCUCUUUGGUUUUGCCUUAGCUUUCUUUUGCAUUACCCUGACCAGAGCGAUAUCUCCCUACAAACAAGUAUUGCAGCACAGCAGGAUCAGAGGCAGGCAGCAUGGCCCCAAUGUGUGCGCAAUGCAGCAUGUCGCAGGGUCCAACAAGAAAUACUUCUCCAACUGCAAACAGUGGUACCAUCGGAAAAUCUGCGGCAAACCCACGAUCAUAAGCUAUGAGUGCUGUCCAGGAUACUCCAGGGUGCAGGGUCAGAAGGGCUGCCCUGUUGCAUUACCAAUUACCAAUAUUUACAACACGCUGGGAAAUGUUGGUUCCAGUUCCACUCAGCUGUACUCUGACCGUGCCAAGCUUAAAGCAGAGAUUGAGGGACCUGGCAGUUUCACAAUCUUCGCUCCCAGUAAUGAAGCCUGGGCUGCGCUGCCUGAGGAAACUAUUGAUGCCCUCGUGAGCAACGUCAACAUUGAAUUGCUCAACGCCCUUCACUACCACAUGGUGGACAGGCGCAUUCUCACGGAGGAGCUGGGGCAUGGCACAUCAUUGAGGUCAAUGUACCAGGAUUUAAACAUAUAUGUACACCACUAUCCCAAUGGCAUUGUUACUGCCAACUGUGCACGGAUAAUGAAGGCGGACCAACUGGCUACUAAUGGAGUUGUGCAUGUCAUUGACCGAGUCCUCAUGGCAGUUGCAAACUCGAUACAGGACACGCUGGAAAUUGAUGAUAACUUUCAGCAGCUUCGUGCUGCAGUAGCUGCCGCAGGUCUUGAGGAUAUGCUUCGCAGUAAAGGAGAAUACACGCUCUUUGCUCCCACCGACAAAGCCUUCAGCAAAAUACCACCUGCUGCUCUGAACAGGAUCCUAGGAGACCCAGAGGCUUUGAAAUCUCUGCUGAAUUACCACAUUUUGAGAAGAGUCCAAUGUGCAGAAGCCAUCAUCUCGGGCACACCAAUGGUGACCUUGGAGGGCAUGUCUCUGGAAGUGGGCUGCAUUGGUGACUCUCUUACGCUCAACAGCAAGAGCAUCAUUAUUGACAAGGACAUACUCACGACAAACGGGGUUAUUCAUAUGAUCGACGAGCUUUUGAUCCCCGAUUCCGCUAAGACCCUCUUGGAAUUGACUGAAAAGGCUGGUGUCACCAAAAUAGGCAGCCUCUUCAAGCAAGCAGGUCUGACCACCUAUCUGGAGAAAAAAGAGCCUUUAACUCUUCUUGCUCCUCAGGAUGUUGCCUUCAAGGAGGAAAUGACAGUUGUCAAUGAAGAUCUGCGUAAUCUACUGCUGGACCAUAUCGUGAAGAAUCAACUCUCAUCUAAAUACAUGUACCAUGGGCAGAUACUUGAUACCUUGAGUGGCAAAAAACUCAGAGUCUUUGUUUAUCGUAACGCUUUGUGCGUGGAAAACACAUGUAUUGCUGCACAUGAUAGGAAAGGGAGAUUUGGUGCCAUGAUGAUAAUGGACAAGAUACUAACCCCUCCCGUCGGCACCAUCAUGGACAUGCUGAAAGCUGAUGACCGCUUCAGCAUGCUGGUGGGAGCUAUCCAGACAGCAGGACUCACCGAGACCCUUAACAGGCCUGGCACCUUCACGAUCUUUGCACCAACCAAUGAUGCCAUCCUUGCUCUUCCUACCAGGGAGCAGAUCAGAGUGAUGGCGGAUCCCACAUUGUUGAAGUAUCAUAUCGGUGAACAAAUCUUGGUCAGUGGCGGAGUGGUCAGCCAGAUUGUGCUGUUGAAAACCCUGCAAGGUUCCAACUUGGAAAUGGGAACUAAAAAUCACGUUAUCAAUGUAAAUAAAAUUCCAGUUGUGGAUGCGGACCUGAUGGCCACAAAUGGUGUCAUCCAUGCCAUUGAUAGUGUUCUGCAGAUCUCUGCUGCAAGACAAACUGAGAGUCUAAAUGGCAUGGAGAUCAGCCGUAAAGAUAUCUUGCGUUUCAGAGAACGGCCUGCCAAGAUUCCAAGUAUCAGGAUGCGAAAAGUUACCAGAGGUGCUCAUCAGAAGAAAAGCAAAUAGUAAGACUUGGAAAAACAGCCACUGAAUCAUCCCAACUUCUUUCAGAAACAUUGAAUAUGGCGGAGUUUUCUAUCUCGAAUGUUCAUUAGCCAUAGUAUUUCAUUGCCUCAUUAUGAAUUCACAUAGCCUGCUUGUUUGUACAUUUUUGUUGGAAUCGAAAUUGCGUUGUUACUUUUUAUACACUGCUUGUGAUUACAUUUUGCUUUAUUAAUGAGGUGGAAUCUUGUUUGAAGGUAGGGUGACUCUUACAAGGGAGGUAGAUAACUUUAAUCACCGAUAGUAUGGUAUCUCUGUACACUAUGCAUGUAUACACUAAAGUGCAAAUGUGUGUAACUGCUGUGUAGGUGUCUGCACAUUAUUCAUAUCUGUAUUUUGCGUCAGGUUGUAAAGGUAGGAGUAUGUUUCGGAUGUGUUUGUGUAUGUGUAGCAAAUAAUUUUAUUUCAUUUGAUACAUUUGCCAGUUAGCAGAAUGUUUCUGUGGAUAUGUCUUGCUUUCCAAAAUGCUGUUAAAGAUAUUAGCCAGCAUUUAUCUGCAAGGAAAUAUUUUCUACAGUAUCAAUAAUAUUGAUUCCCUUUAAUAUUUAGGUUUGUGUUUGAGUUUAGUUUAUUGUCACCUGUUCAGAGGUUCAUAAAUUGUUGGAGCGGAAUUAGGCCAUUCUAUUCCGCCAUUCAAUUA